UUAUGUUCUGGUUCUCCAUUUUGCUGCUUCGCGUGACGACUGCACCCUGAACCGAUCUGAGGACAUUUUUGGUUAUUGAAGGACUCAGUCUGCAGCGAGGAGACAAACACUGACAGUGAGUGUCAUGAACAGCUGAUCGUUCGUGUUCUUUCUCAUGUUUCAGCUACAACGGAAGAAAAUGGCCGACAGGAGGAAGAAGAGGAGACGAUCCUCUUCAUCCUCCUCCCUGUCUGAACAGCCCAGCAGUGAGCGGAUCAGUUCACAGGUGAGUGAAGCUGAGUCCUCGGCUCCCAGCGGUGUCUCGAUGAAGGAUGAUGCCUCCAUGGGCGAGCCGAUCGUGUUCAGUGUUAAUAAAACACAAAGCCAGCGGACUGAGGAACCGCAUAGAAAGAAACUCAGAAAAGAUCCUGAAUACCAGAGAGAUACUGAGGAAGACGCUGGGCGCAGCCAUUUUUUGAAAGCAAAGAAGAAUCUUCAGGAAGCGAUGGAGAGGAAAUUUACUUUGACAUUUGAAGGUAACGGUUACCAAGAGAACUCCAUGACCAGCAUCUACACAACACUCUUCAUCACCACUGCAGAGACUGAAGGGAAACACGAGGAACAAUCGUUCAGACACACCAAACAACCACAAUCUUAUGCACAUUCAGUCGACCUCAGUGACAUCUUGAAACCUUUGCCGGGCCAAAAGACACCAAUCAGAACAGUCCUGACGAAGGGCGUUGCAGGAAUUGGAAAGUCCUUUUCUGUGCAGAAAUUCAUUCUUGAUUGGGCCGAGGGGAAAGAAAACCAGGACGUUGAUUUCGUUUUCAAUCUCUCUUUCCGAGACCUGAAUUUGAGUAAAGAUGACAAAAGCUUGCGCCAGCUCCUGACUGAACUUCACUCUGCAGUCCACGAUCUGAAAGACUCAGAAGAUUUCGUCAACACCAAAGUUAUAGUGAUCCUGGACGGCCUGGAUGAAAGCAGACUUCAGCUGGACUUUGAAAACAAGCGGGUAACAUCUGUCAGUGAAGUAACAUCGGUGGGUAACCUCCUAGCAAACCUCAUCCAGGGGAACCUUCUUCGUAAUGCUAAACUCUGGAUAACGUCCCGUCCAGCAGCAGCCAAUCAGAUCCCUGCAGAGUUUGUCGACAUGGUGACGGAGAUAAGAGGGUUCAGUGACCCACAAAAAGAAGAAUACUUCAGAAGGAGGUUUCCUCAGGACUUGGGUCUAGCUGACAGGAUCAUUUCGCACAUUCGCUCCUCACAGAGUCUCGACAUCAUGUGCCAGAUCCCGAUCUUCUGCUGGAUUGCUGCCGUAUUAUUUAAGGAGAUCUUUGGGGGAAAUGAGAAAGCCGAAACUCCUCAAACUCUGACAGAGAUGAUGGCGUAUUUCCUCUUUACCCAGACAAAAAUCAGAAGCAGAAAAUAUGACCAGAAGACAGAGAAAAACAAAGAGAGACCUCUGAAGACAGACAAGGAAUUCCUUCUGAAACUCGGUAAGCUUGCAUUUGUUCAGCUGCAGCAGAACAACCUCAUCUUCUAUGAUGAAGACCUGGAAGAAUGUGGCAUUGACAUUGAAGAAGCAACCGUCUGCUCUGGAUUUUGUACCAUCGUUCGGGAAGAACAAGUCUUUUCCCAGAAAAAGGUCUUCUUCUUUGUGCACCUGACCAUACAGGAGUUCUUUGCAGCUCUUUUUGUCUUUGACUGUUUCACCAACAACAAUACAAAAGAGCUCCGCAACUUCCUCGAUCUGGAGGACAAAGAACAUACUUUACUUGAUCUUCUAAAGAUAACGGUUGACAAAGUGCUGGAGAAUAAGAACGGCCAUCUGGACUUCUUCUUGCGAUUCCUCCUUGGCCUCAUGGUAGAACCAAACCGGAGAGUCCUUCAGGGCCUGCUGACGCCGCCGGACUCGAGCCAAGACACCGAGAAGAAAGUCUUGACUCACCUCAAAGCCAUCCGAAGAAAGGCCCUCUCUCCAGACAGCGGCAUCAACCUCUUCCAGAAUAUGGUCGAGAUGAGAGACCACAAAGUCAAAGAUGAGAUACAAGAAUAUCUCAAAUCGUCCGAUCGUUCAAAAACAGAGCUGACUCCCCUGCACUGCUCUGCGCUGGCCUACAUGCUGCAGGUAUCAAAGAACGAUCUGGAUGUGUUGGACUUGAAGAGUUACAACACAUCGGAGGAAGGCAGAAGGAGGCUGAUACCAGCUGUGAGGAUCAGCAGAAAGGCCAUACUAGCAGACUGCAAAGUGACUGAAGAGUGGAUUAAGCAUCUGGCCUUUGGCCUCAAGUUCCCCUACUUACCGCUGAGAGAUCUGGAUCUGAGCAACAAUGACCUGAAAGAUUCAGGAGUGAAGCUCCUCUGUGAUGGACUGUCGAGUCAAUUCUGCAGACUCAAAACACUGAGGUUGUCAGGCUGUCAGGUCACAGAGGUUGGCUGUGCUUCUCUGGCCUCGACUCUACGUUCAAAGGCCUCCCAACUGGUGGAGCUGGACCUGAGCUACAACCAUCCAGGAGAAUCAGGAGAGAAGCUGCUCUCUGAGCUGAAGACCGAUCCGGAGUACAAGCUCAACUUACUCAAUCUUGAUCAUGGCGGAAGUCACCGGAUGAAACCUGGAUUCAAGAAAUAUGCCUGUGAGCUCACUUUGGACUCCAACACGGCCCACAAGAACCUCCUUCUCUCUGAAGGGAACAGAAAGGUGACCUGGGUGGAAGACCAGCAGCGAUACCCACAUCGUCCAGAAAGGUUUGAUCACUGCCAACAGGUGCUGUGUCAACAGGGUCUGCAGGAGCGCUGCUACUGGGAGGUGGAGGUGAUGGAGCCCUUCAACAUUGGGUUAACGUGCAGAACCAUUGGCAGGAAAGGGGAUGUGAAUAAUUGCAAGCUAGGACGCAACGAGAAGUCUUGGUGCAUGAGUUGCUCUGAUGAUGGUUGUUUUGUUUGGCACGACAACGAGAGUGUCUGUGUAUUCUCCCAGUGCUCACGCUCCAGUCGGGUGGGGGUGUAUCUGGAUUGGGCGGCUGGCACUCUGUCCUUCUACAGAGUUUCCUCCGACAGUCGGAUCCUCCUCCAUACCUUCCAUAAGGAGUUCAAAGAGCCCCUCUAUCCUGCUGUUGAGCUUCACACUCAUUCCUCUGCAUUAUUUUGUCGCUGACGUAGCUCAAUCAGUAACCAAAGGCGUAGAUUUGCUCGUGGACGGUCGGAACCAUCACACAAGCUUGAUGUACGAUGUGUUUGAAGCAGCUUGCAAGCACAGCAUCGUCGUUUGACUGGUGUAGCAUCUUGGAAUGGCACCAAAGGUAGUCAGGGACUUCGUGUUUGGUGUGAACACUGCGUUAGUGAUGUGACGGAAUUAGUGCUGGGCAACGAUUCAAAUAUUUAAUCACGAUUAAUCGCAUGGAUUUUUUGCGAUUAAUCACGAUUAAUC